AUGGCCGCCCCCAAGCCCGCUCGCCUGCCUAUCAUAGACAUAGCACCAUGGCUGAGCGAUGAUCCAGCGCAGGCAGAUGCGCGCGCGGCUGUCUCCGCCGCCCUGCACUCCGCUUGCGUGAACUACGGCUUCUUCUACCUCGAUAUCUCGUCCUACGUGCCGAAGGAAGAGCCUGAAGAGCUUACAACUCUCGCACGCGAAUUCUUUGCUCUUCCGCAAGAAGAGAAGGAGAAGAUAGCGCUGAGGAAUGAGGAUGGCGCGCGAGGAUACGCGCGCUUGAAGGAGAACGUGACAAAUGGCAAGGCAGACAAUCAUGAGGGCAUUGACUUCUACAAGCCCGUCGAGAAUCCUGACAAGACGAAGCCACUGUGGGGAGAGAAUCAGUGGCCGUCCGUCCCAGGUUUCAAGGAGAAGUACGAGGCUUGGGUGGGGAAGAUGAAGGCGCUUGGUAUGAUUACCAUGCACGCCAUGGCGGUCGGUCUAGGAAUGACCGAAGAAGAGUGGCAAGAUCUUCGGGGUCAAGUGGACGACAGCUUCUGGGUCAUGCGCGUAAUCGGAUACCCGCCCCUUCCUAACGACCACGACGGAUUUUCGUGCGGUGCCCACAAAGACUACGGUUGCCUAACCUUCCUCUACACAGACCCAACGAAGAAGGCGCUCCAGGUCUUCAUGUCCGGCACCAAGCCCGACGAUAUCCCCGUCGCCGACGAGCUCCGGCCAGAAGACGAUGGCGCAGACGGCUUUUGGAUCAAUGCGGAUCCCAUACCCGGCUGUGUGGUGUGCAAUAUUGGCGAGAUGUGGGAUAUCUGGACGAAUGGACUGUAUCGUGCGACACUGCAUCGCGUCGUGCAUCGGGGGAGUAACUAUCGCGUAUCGUGCGUUCCCAAUGAGGUUCCUUCCUCUCCCUUCCUGAAAUUGAAGCUUAUCUUAGCAUCCCAUUCUUUUUCGAGCCCAAUUUCACAGCGCACGUCCGUCCGCUCGAUGCGGCGUUGCGUAUACAGAAGGUAUGUGCUGCCGUUCCUUCAUGCGUUCUCAUCCUUGCGCUUGUCAUUUCUGCGUUCAUUCCCGCGCUCUCGCGCCGUCUGUUUGCAUUCUCCGUUCUCAGACCUCUUCCUCGCUGCACUAACCUCCAUCGGUCCCUUCACUAACCUCCAUCGCUCCCUACCCACUUUCUUCGCGCUAACGCCCUCACAGUCCGGCAAAGACCACGGCGGCGGCACGGGUACCGACAAGAAGCCGGUCGUGUAUGGCGACUUCUUGCUCGGAAAGGUCACGAAUAACUUUGACAAGUACUAA